UUAAACAAUUCUAGCUCAAGCUGCGAUUUAAAAAAAACUAGUACAGGACUUACAAAUAAACUCCAAGACGCCGCACCAGAAAGAAAGAAAGAAAGAAGCAAAGAGGAGCUCAAACAAUUUUCAAUGGCAACUACUGCUCUAUCAAGAAAAGCAAACCACCUGCGCCACACCUACCGAUGUCUCACUUCUCGCUACAUCUCUCACUGCACCACCACAUCUUCAAAUCCACCUUCACCUGUUCCUCGAUCGGUUUUACCUCUCGGUGGAGAAAUCCAGUCGCUGCCACAGAUUACUCAAAGAUUUCUGUUUAGCACUUCAAUUCCUACUACCACUACUGUUGUUGAUUCAGAGACUUCGAAAAACACUGAAGAGGCUAAAUCUGAUGGAAGUGAAAAGUCUGGGGAUUCAAAUCAUCAAGAUGAUAAAAAUAAUGCUAGAAGAACAGUGCGGCGUGGGCCUAUUUCAUGGUUGAGUUUUCUGUUUCUGGCGGCUACUGGAGCUGGAUUAAUUUGGUACUAUGACAGGAUGAAGAAGCAACGUAUUGAAGCUAUAAAUAAAACUUCUGCAAUUGUGAAAGUGGGACCAUCUGUGGGAAAACCAGAGAUUGGAGGCCCAUUUAAUCUUAUUGAUCAUGAUGGAAAGCCUGUUUCAGAGAAAGACUUCAUGGGGAAAUGGACAAUGAUAUAUUUUGGUUUUACUCAUUGCCCUGAUAUUUGUCCGGACGAGCUGCAAAAGCUAGCUGCUGCAGUUGAUAAAAUAAAGGAGAAGGCAGGGUUUGAUAUCGUGCCUGUAUUCAUUACUGUGGAUCCUGAGAGAGAUAAUGUUGAGCAAGUACGCGAAUAUGUCAAAGAGUUCCAUCCAAAACUAAUUGGGUUAACAGGCAGCCUAGAAGAGAUAAAGAAAACUGCUCGUGCAUACAGGAUCUAUUAUAUGAAGACAUCUGAAGAAGAUUCAGAUUACCUUGUGGAUCACUCCAUAAUCACAUACUUGAUGGACCCUAACAUGGAACUAGUGAAAUUCUUUGGGAAGAACAACGAUGCUGAUGCUCUUGCAGAUGGUGUUAUUAAGGAGAUGAAGCAGUACAAGUCCAUAAAAGCAAAAGCUUAGUUAUUUUUUCUCUUCAGCUGAACUAUUUGCUAUGGAAUUUUUCAGUGGUUCUUCUUGUGCUUUGAGAGCACCUUGGAUUUUCCUCAGUUGGAUUUUUUAUUUGAUAAUACCUGGAGUUUUGCAAAAUCCAGAUAAAACCCAUUGGUCUAUAAGGGUAGUUGUUUAGUUGCGGGAAAAAAAAUAAAUAGAAGAGAUCUACUGUUACCAAUUUGAUCAUCCUUGGGCCUGUAAGAACUGAUGCAGAAAGUUUCUCUGAUAUUUUUAUUCUAAUUUAAUGAGAUUUGGGUUA